AUGGGGCCCCGGAGCCCCCGCCUCAGCCUCGGCUUCUCUGUCUCCAGCCUGGGACUUCUGCUCCUGCUCCCACUCCUUCCAGGGUGCUUGGGAGCUGAGGGCAGGCUGGCUUACAAGCUGCUCCGGGACCUCUUCACCAACUACACAAGUGCCCUGAGACCUGUGGCAGACACAGACCAGGCUCUGAACGUGACCCUGGAGGUGACGCUGUCCCAGAUCAUCGACAUGGAUGAGCGGAACCAGGUGCUGACCCUGUACCUGUGGAUCCGUCAGGAGUGGACAGAUACCUACCUACGAUGGGAUCCCGAUGCCUAUGGUGGCCUGGAUGCCAUCCGCAUCCCCAGCAGUCUCGUGUGGAGGCCAGACAUCGUGCUCUAUAACAAGGCGGACGCCCAGCCGCCAGCCUCGGCCAGUACCAACGUAGUCCUGCGGCACGACGGCGCCGUGCGCUGGGACGCGCCGGCCAUCACACGCAGCUCGUGCCGCGUGGACGUGUCGGCCUUCCCGUUCGACGCGCAGCGCUGCAGCCUGACGUUCGGCUCGUGGACGCACAGCGGGCACCAGCUGGACGUGCGCCCGCGCGGCGCCGCCGCCAGCCUGGCCGACUUCGUGGAAAACGUGGAGUGGCGCGUGCUGGGCAUGCCAGCGCGGCGGCGCGUGCUCACCUACGGCUGCUGCUCUGAGCCCUACCCGGACGUGACCUUCACGCUGCUGCUGCGCCGCCGCGCCGCCGCCUACGUGUGCAACCUGCUGCUGCCCUGCGUGCUCAUCUCGUUGCUCGCGCCGCUCGCCUUCCACCUGCCUGCCGACUCGGGCGAGAAGGUGUCGCUCGGCGUCACCGUGCUGCUGGCGCUCACCGUCUUCCAGCUGCUCCUCGCCGAGAGCAUGCCGCCGGCCGAGAGCGUGCCACUUAUCGGGAAGUACUACAUGGCCACUAUGACCAUGGUCACCUUCUCCACAGCGCUCACCAUCCUCAUCAUGAAUCUGCAUUACUGUGGUCCCAGUGCCCACCCAGUGCCAGCCUGGGCUCGGGCCCUCCUGCUGGGACGCCUGGCACGGGGCCUGUGUGUGCGAGAACGAGGGGAGCCUUGUGGGAAGUCUAGGCCACCCGAGUCACCUCCCAGCCCCCAGCCUCCUGAGGGAGGGGCUGGCCCCCCAGCAAGCCCUUGCCAUGAGCCGCGGUGUCUGUGCCGUCAGGAAGCCCUACUGCACCAUGUAGCCACCAUUGCCAACACCUUCCGUAGCCACCGGGCUGCCCAGCGCCGCCAUGAGGACUGGAAGCGCCUGGCCCGUGUGAUGGACUGCUUCUUCCUGGGCAUCUUCUUCUCCAUGGCCCUGGUCAUGAGCCUCCUGGUGCUGGUGCAGGCCCUGUGAGUCCCAGGGGUCUGCUGCAGCCCCGGCACCUCCAAACGGGAAUGGAAAGGCCAGGGGGUUGUUGGCCCUCAGAUAGGCCACCCAGUCUCUCCGCAUUGCACCUAAGAGCCUGGGACACCCUCUCUUCAGGAUCAGCACUGCUGAGUUCACAGACCAUGAGGGAGCACUUGUCCACGUCCCCUAAGCUCUGCGGGAAAUCCAGAGCCUGCCCUCCCCUAAUUCCUAAAGAGGAGGAACUCUAAGGAGGGUCAAGAUCAAAGCGCAGUCCUGGAGGCAUAGAAUUGUACUUGGGCGCUGCGUGUUAGAGCUUUCAGUGGGGAGAGUGCAGGUUAUGUGAGAAACAGAACUGCCACACUUCCUCUGCUCUUCCUUCCUCAUUGGCUGCUGGUACAGGCACUUGGUCUUGCCUGUCCCUGCUGAGGGGCUCAGGGAAGGGAC